AUGGAGGACGAUGCCAUCGGCAUUAUCCAGCGAUAUUUGGGGUCGGGACGCGGCCUCCUGGUGCUAGGCACCUCCAACCGCGCCAAUAGUGGCGUCGUCGACCGCAAGCUGGCAGAAGCAGCGGCGUUUGCCAUCCUCAGCCGCCCCAUUUCGCCCUCAUUUGACCCCCGACCGAGCCUAUUAGCCGCCAGAGCGCUUUACCGAGUCAACUUACCCACUUCAAGUGGAUUGCAUGUUGUCAAAACCCACCAGGCGUUCGUUAUCUCCCUCAUUGACCACAAGCACUACCGCGCGGCUAUAGAUCAUCUCCGGCUUAUUAAGCGAGCCUUUUGCCAAUGGUUUGGCUCAGAUGCCACUACUAAUGUGUCUGAAAAUACUCCCUACCUGUCUCGUCACCGCCAGUGGGCAAAGAUGGUGGUGGCAUGGCACUUCCUUGUGCUUCAGAUUGCCCUUAAUUACGCCGCGCAAAACCCUACCAUUGUCGCCAGUAACGCCGACGAGACGUGGACGGUGCUGGCCUACUCCAAUUUGGCAACGUGGUUCUUGUCUAACUCACAGUUCAGCCAGUGGGUGGCCGCCGUGCCGGAGGCGCUGCCGAAGUACGCCGCUAAUAAAGUAAAGCUCGCCAAAGGUAUGGUCCAUAUCUUUACCCGCAUUCUCAAACUGAUUGACUCCACCCCGCUACGACUUGUUCGCAGUGCAUUUGCUCUUAUCUGUCUUCAAUUAAGUGGUGGCUCCGAUACCGAUGUGGCUCCCUACAUUUUAGUGGACGAUACCUCGCUCAAACCAUUUAUUGACGAUCUUCAGAGUAACCCUAUCCUUUACCAACAAGUUACUAAACUAUGUGAGCCUGAUCAGUGCCUGAGUCUCAUUAUUGCAUUGAAAGAUGUUGUCACCAGCCCAACGCUAGAGGAAGUUGAUCUGCUUGCACAAGUGCUUCAAGACCCGCCUGAGUACUGGAUGAACAAGAUAGAGGUGCUUGAACAGCUCUCGCGGUUCCAGUGGACCCCUCGUGACCCGGUACUGGUAAGAAUGGCCACAGUAUUAGCGCUGGCAUUCACAAAAAAAGACAGUGUGCCAGAAAUCACAAAAGAAGUAGUCUCAGUCAUUGAUGCCAUCACCAUUUGGAUCAAGAACUCUGGUACUAAACACGCAUACAACAACGAAAUGCUCAAAAUCCUCGCAAACUUGGCCGAGGCUACCACUCUGUCAGUAUACUAUCGUCGCCUUCGCAAUUUCUCGAACUUGUCCACGCAUAUUUACCAAGUGACCAAAUUGGAUUCGGCGUUGAAGCAGGCGAUAUCGUUUGAUAAGGCUUUAGCUAAACGCAGUGGUGAACCUAGUGAUGUUGAGUUUCUUACUACGCGAUUGACUCAAGUGUCUGCUAUUUGCUCUCCACAGAGAUUACUUGAUGUUGUUCGGUUUGUGGUGGAGGGAAGUGCGUCUACUGUCCAUCUUAGUCUGGAAGUGCUUCGACUGAUUGCACAAGCCAGUGGACUUGAUGAUGCGGAAAAGUGGCACUUCGUUUCUCAGUUGAGCGCCGAUAAUCAGGCAUUCUUACAGCAACACUUGGGAGUGACAGCGCCAAAGACCGACGGAAUUAGUGGCCUUAUCCUGCAUUUGAGUCAAGAGUGGAAUCAAGACAACUUCGAUGAGCUUCUUCUUCAAUUGACUCAGAACAACCCUCUGGAAGACAUUUUGGUAAAGGCAUGUUGUUGGCUCAAGUUUCAAUGCCUUUAUGGUUACAUUGCCACUCUCUUGAAAGAUACCACAAGUAUACGCCAACAAUUUGAGUUGGCCAACGCCUUACUCCAUCUCCACCAAAUCGACGACGCCGCCAACUUAAUUAACCAGAUAAGUGGAGGACUUCGGGCAGCACAGAUUUCGGAUAUCUCGACGAUUAUCCAGUUCAACUGCCUCCAGCUCCACUUGAUGAUUCUCCAAGGUAACUACGCUGCCGCUCAAGAAAAGUACACCAAGGUAUCUCGCAUUCUCGAGUCUAAACUCAACGCUCGUCUGAACGAUAUCCGUACCCGUUACGGCUACAUUAUUCUCGUGGCUGAGCUUGACUACUGGGGCAGUCGCAUCCAGUGCUUGGCCAACAACUACAGCGAAGCGUACCGGGGAGCUAAGGUCGCCAUCAAGUUCAUUCACACCGCCAUUCGUGCUCCUGACGAUGCCGUAAGCACCAGUCAACGCUGGCACGUUACCGCUUUACUUGGAGCACUGUUGAGCCUGGUGAUGGAAAUCCUUAAACACUUGGGCAUCACCCGUGACUUGUUGUAUUACCGCAAAGAGCUCGCCAAACUCACCGAGAUCCAAACUCUACCCGUUCGUCAGUUUCUCUGGCUGGUUGAACUCAUGCAAUACGACUGUCUUCUUAAGGACUCGGCGGCAUUUGAGCAGCGGUUGUCAUUAUUGGAUAGCCUUAUGGACAAUGCUUUGGUAAGUAAUGAUGUGGUAUGUCGCUAUUUGCGCGUGAAUAUUACUCGAGUGCAACGUGGACAGCCAACUGAUGGUUUGACGCCGCCAAUUGCUAGCACGUUGCCCUUUUAUUGCACUCUUGAUAUCCCCAAUCUGGAAUGGCUGUACUUACUUCUGCUCAGCGACCAUAGUCACGCAGCUAACUCGGUGUGUACCACUACCUCACAACUAUUUGCCCUGAAAGCUGAUCUUCUAGAAGCCGUUAACGAGCUCAAAAAGCUUCCUGAAUACUCGUCAUUGGCGGAAACAGUUUUGGCUCUUCCCGGUGUUGGUGCCGAUGGAGCGGCUCCUCGUUUGGAUGAGACCACUCUCAACAACUUGGUGGCGUGCAAGAACGGCUUGCUUCGAUUAUUUCAGGAUCAUAAGGCAGUGGCGACGUUUAAGCUUAAAGAGGUAGUACGCAUCAUCAACCAGUGUCUGCUAGCGUUAUCGGCAAUCCUGUUGUUCAAAGAGGACUCUCAGCUUUUGAGCGACAUGUACUACAUUCAAGAGGUUGCCAAUCUUGUUCCAUUUGAGAAUGACGAGCAAUUGGACCACGCCGUCACGAAAUCCUCAGGUCUUGGACCGGUGGCAUUUGCGCCACCAUCGCCAAAGAACUUCGAGUCGACUCGCCUCAACUUCACUCUUGAUUUGAACAUGCAUUUACCCCUGUCGUGGCUGGUGGUAACCUUGGACAUUUGCGACAGCACCGGCAGUUUAAUCGUGUCGAGGUUCACCAAAGGCUCGGCACCAUUUUUCGUGAGACUCUCGAUGAGUCGUCCCACGUCCACCAUGUCAUUCAAUCACGUUAUGUCGGAGUUUAAUCAAAUCAUUGCUGAAUCGAAUCUCAGCACUAAACUGCUGACAACCUCCAAAAUCAUUGACAAGCAGCAGCGUCGAAAAUGGUGGGAGUUGCGCUAUCUGCUUGACUACCGACUCAAAGAGGUAUUGCAACGGGCUAAUGAAUGGUUUGCUGGGUUUAGUGGUCUCUUUUCCAAUUACGCUGAAGACCAAGUGUAUCGCCAUUUCCGUGAAGACUUGAUUCGGGUGUUCGAACGGCACCAGAUGAAAUGGACACUGGACCAUGUGUUCCGCUUGUUCUACGGACUCGACGACUUACACCGUCCAUUCAUUGAGGAUCUCGUAUCGUUUGUGGUGGACCUGUUCAUCUUCCAUGGUCACCCCAUUGACCACCGGAAGUUGCCUGCUAGUUUAACCAAUUCAGUAAUGAAGGUGUUGGAAAAGUAUCUGGGUCUUAAAACCCCCGUCGCCAACCACCACGUGAUUUUGGUGCCACUGGCUCGCGUUCAGUUGUUUCCGUGGGAAAGCAUACCAUGCUUGCAAGAUAAGUCAGUGCUGCGAGUGCCUUGCUUAACGAUGUUGAUCAAGACAUUGAAAUCAUAUUCUGAUCUCAGGCUUGACGACAUCGAGCGGUGUGUGUAUUUGAUCAAUCCCGCGGGUGACCUUAAGCGGACCGAAGAGUCGUUCGCUCAUGCUUUUAAGCGUCAAGGUUGGACCGGCAUUGUGGGAAGAAAACCCGAGGAAAACGAACUUGUGCCCCAAAUAUUCAAUCUGGACUUGUUUGUGUACCUUGGCCAUGGCAGUAGUGAUCGCUAUAUCCCAACAGCGGCAUUAUAUCAAGCAUGCUUGACUGAAGGACACCGGCCACCGCCAUUACUUUUAAUUGGGUGCUCGCUGGGAGCCGUUACCGAUAAUGGUUUAUUGGAACCCCACGGGGCUAUCAUGAAUUGGUUGACGUGUGGCGCUCCUAUGGUCUUGGCCAACUUGUGGGACGUCACCGAUAAAGACAUUGAUCUGUUCAGUCAAAGUGUGUUCGACAAGUGGGGCUUGCUUCAAACCAAUCCUCGUCGAGUAAACAUCGCUGAAGCGGUCAUGCAGAGUCGAACUCAAUGCAAUUUGCAAUACUUGAAUGGUUGUGCUCCAGUGGUGUAUGGAGUGCCAUUUAGUUUAUAA